AAUUGUGGCUACCCUCCCCACCAUUCCUCACCUUACCACAUCCUUUCUUUCUUGGUAACAGUAAUAUUUUGUAUCUUCAGCUGCCAGGCGCCGUUUCCUUUUACUCUCUCUCUUUCUCUCUCCUCCUUUUUUCAAAAUCCAGUUUUUACUCACUGUGAUCAUGGCUCCACUGCCUCAGUGUUCUCCAUAGCACAAUCAAACACUGAUCCAAUUUUUUCUCCUCCUCCCUCACAAUCUGACAACAUACACACCAAAAUUCAAAUUACAAUACCAAAAAAAUGUUCGUUUCUUCUUCAUCGCAUGUUCCCCGUUGGCUUCAAGUCCUCCUCACAGAGAAGUUCUACAACGCUUGCAUAAUUCACGAAGGGGCAAAGAAGAACGAGAAGAACGUGUAUUGCUUGGAUUGUUGCAUCAGCCUCUGCCCUCACUGUUUGUCCCCUCACCGCUCUCACAGACUCUUGCAGAUUAGAAGAUAUGUGUAUCAUGAUGUUAUAAGGUUGGGUGAUGCUGCAAAGUUAAUUGACUGCAAUUCCGUUCAAUCCUACACAACCAACAGCGCAAAAGUGGUAUUUUUAAACCAAAGGCCACAGACAAGGAACUUCAGAGGCUCCGGCAAUUUCUGCGGCACCUGUGACAGAAGCCUGCAAGACCCAUACCACUUCUGCUCCCUCUCUUGCAAGAUCAAUUAUCUCGUCCGAACAACGGGCUCUCUCUGCAACUAUCUCUUCGAGUGCAACUACCUGCCACUACCGGAAUCUGGACUCGACGACGGAUUGAUGACCCCUGACUCGGUUCUCGAACCGGCCGGUUCGGCCCGAACCUCGUCCGGUUCGGGAGGGUACGGAGGGGUGGAUUGCAGAACCACCUUGGCUUGCACUGCCACCACCGAAAUUGUGAGAAAGAAGAGGACCGGCGGCUCCACUUUCCGGCCACCGUGCCGGCCGGCGUGCUCGCCAGUCUCGGAAAUCUCAGCGGGUCUCAUGAACCGGAGGAAAGGGAACCCCCAGCGGGCCCCACUCUAUUGAAGAACUUGCGAGAGAGGGUGAGGAGGUUCUUUUGAAAUGAAAACAAGAAAAAAUACUUUAUCAAAUAUUAUUAUUCUAAAUAUUGUUAUUAUUAUGGAGUUUAAAUCUGGGGUUGGAACUUGGAACUUACUAUACCUUACAGGGGAAGAAAAAAAUAACCUCCUAGUUUUGUAGAGAGUAUCACCCUCUGCUUUGUUGUUGCAGCUAUGUAUCUAUCUACCCGGUUUGUUAGAAUUUAUUUUGAGGUUUAUUACUGUUACUGUUAUAAUAGUAUAUUAUAUAUAAUAUAUGAUAGUUUGAUUUGUCUCGUGGUAA